GCCAAUCUUUUUAUCCUGAACAAUGGCAGUGCUAAUCCGUUGCUCCUGCUUCCUUUCGCGCUCAUCCUCCCGUCGAUUCCCUCCGGCGGAUCCAGUCUCCGGAAAGCCCCGUCUUCCCGGGAAGUCACGAUCUCUUCUAUACAAAGUAGAAAAGCAUGUACCAUCUAUCAGAGGUGCCAAUGGUAGAGUUGAGAUUCACCAACAUUUGCUAGGCAGCUGGAGUUCACAGCCAAGGCUACAAUAUCGAAAUUCAGAGGAUAACUGGGUCAUCAGUCAUAUGUCACCAGUUGAUGGUGAACUUUUAGAAUGGUUAUUAUCUCUACAGGGAUACAUGCUAUUAAAAUUUCCCUUGAUGGCAUUUCUUGUCACCAAUACCUUGAUGUUUACCACACCUUCUCAAGCUUUAGCAGAAACUUGUGAGGCUGAUAACUCCUUUUUCAAUAUGCCUUUACUGCUCAUAGUGGCCCUUAUAGGGGCAACUGUUGGAGGACUGCUUGCUCGGCAAAGGAGGGGAGAGCUGCAGAGGGUAAAUGAGCAGCUACGUCAGAUAAAUGCUGCCCUGAGAAGGCAAGCUAAAAUAGAGUCUUAUGCUCCCAGCCUGAGUUAUGCUCCUGUUGGCGGUAGAAUACCAGAUAAUGAGGUAAUUGUCGAUCCAACAAAGGAAGAAUUGAUAUCUAGAUUGAAAGCCGGGAAGAAUUUUUUGAGAAACCAGGAUCCAGAGAAGGCUUUUGCUGAGUUUAAGGCAGCUCUUGAGCUUGCUCAGAAUAUUGAGGAUCCCAUUGAAGAGAAGAAAGCCGCUAGGGGCUUAGGUGCCUCACUGCAAAGGCAAGGUAAAUAUCGGGAAGCCAUUAAAUAUCACUCUUUGGUUCUGGACGUUUCUGAGAAGGAGAAAGAAGAAUCUGGUAACACAGAAGCUUAUGGAGCCAUUGCUGAUUGCUAUACCGAGCUUGGAGAUUUUGAGAAAGCAGGGCAAUUCUACGACAAGUACAUUGAUAGGUUGGAAAAAGACUGACAAAUUUCCAUGCUCUGGCAACAUGUAUCUUCAGUAUAAGCAAAACUGUGAAAAGCUUGCUGAUCCAGACUCCAUGCCCUCCUUCCAUGUUCAAUAUCUAUAUUGAGGUUAUGCAAUCGGGAAACGGCCAUCAUCCUUUGAAUGAUAUUUCAGUUUCUCUAGUGGUAGGUGACUUCUAUAACAUAUUGGAGUUUUAUCAUGGAGUUCAUCAUGAACUCGAGCGCUAUUAGUCAACUGGUCAUGGUAUGCACUGCCAUAAUUACAAUAAAAAUGCAAAAUGAAU